UUGAUUUAAAGCUGCAUUGAAGGGCUUCUUUUGUGUGGUUAUGCAAUCAACUCGGACAACGUCGUGGUUACAGAAAUCUGCAAGGGCGCAAGUGUCAAAUUGCCAUUAUUGCUUCCUUUUAAUUUUUUAAACCCUUUGUUACAAUCGUACCAAUAAUGGCUCAAAAGAUGGAGGAUUUGUCACCCGACUCGUUCAAAGACAUCUUCGAAGAAUACGAGACCAUUGCCAACUCCUUGCGGGAGAAGACACGACAUCGUCCGAGGAUUGCUAUCAUCUGCGGCUCAGGAUUGGGUGGCCUGGGCGACCUGAUUGAAGAAAGGGAUGUGGUGGAAUACGAAAAUAUUCCCUACUUUCCUGUUAGUACCGUCCCGGGACAUGUGGGAAGACUAAUUUUCGGCAAAUUAAGCGGAGUUGCGGUUGUGUGCAUGCAAGGCAGAUUUCAUUUCUACGAAGGGUGGAAGAUGAGAGAGGUGACAAUGCCGGUUAGAGUAUUUAAACUCCUUGGCGUGCACACUCUGAUUGUCACAAAUGCUGCCGGAAGUGUUAACCCGAGCUACAAAGUGGGAGAUUUGAUGAUAAUAAAAGAUCACAUAAAUUUUCCGGGACUUUCUGGUAACAAUGCUUUGAUGGGGCCGAACGACGAAAGAUGGGGAGCAAGAUUUCAGCCACUGAAUACCGCAUACGACACUAAACUCAGAAAGGUCGUGAAAGAAAUCGCUUCGAAUAUCGGAUUACGAGACCACACUCAUCAAGGUGUAUAUGCAAUGCUGAGCGGUCCAACCUUCGAGACUCCGGCUGAAGCACGUGCGAUGCGGGUUCUCGGAGCCGAUUGCUGUGGAAUGUCAACCGCCCCGGAAACAAUUGUCGCCAGGCACUGUGGACUGCGCGUUCUGGGCAUAAGUCUGAUAACGAAUUUGAUAGUCGUGGAAGAUGACACCGAAUUCGGACCCAACCACGAGGAAGUACUUCAGGUCGGUAAGCGACGAGCGGCGCAUUUGCAACAGUUGGUCGGCGAAGUGGUGACGUGGAUCCAGCAAGAGGAGCAAACGGAACCGCAAAGGUCACCGGAAGUUGCUGCUGUGUUAGUGAACCAUGCUCCGCCGAAAUCAUGUCCCCAUUCCAUACCGUAAACUCAUUACAUGACUAGUACUCAACUUAUUUUAACUGUUUUCACCGUUAACAAGAUGAAAGCCACAGCAAAACCGAGUAGAAAAUGAGUGAUGAAUACGCAACAGCGCUUAUAAAUAUUUCGGCUUUUAUUGUGUAACAAUUUUAUAAGCUGUGAUCGCAGCUGAUUGUAAGCAACAAUAAAAUCUUUAAUUAUAGUAA